AUGUCGUCCACUCACGAACCAUCGAGAAAAUCUCAGUCUCUCAUAUCCCGAACGGACCAGCAGACGCCUGACAUCAAUACAGACCUCGCUACGACUGAGGAUGAUGAGAAUGACGACCGCGAGAAUAAAGAAAACCUCGAUGAUACUGCAGCAGGCGGGGAUCUGCCGAUGAGUAUGACUGCUAGUGUCAUCUUGACGAAUUUGCCCAGGGAUGCUAGUCAGGCGCUUAAGGAGGUCGAGGAGAUUGAUGAUCGCAAGGUCUCCAUCCGCUUCCAACCCAUCCAGUCUGCGCCAAUCCUCAAGCAAAAGGUGUUCAAGAUCAGCGCCUCGUCGAGAUUCAACGUCGUUUUGAGUUUCCUGCGGAAGAAACUCGGCAUCAAGGAUGGCGAUGGCUUGUUUCUCUAUGUCAACAGUGUCUUCGCUCCUGGAUUGGAUGAGGGCGUUGGGAAUCUGUUCAGGUGCUUCAAGACAGAUGAUCAGCUGAUCGUCAGCUACUCUACGACGCCUGCUUUUGGUUAA